GCAUUUCCAUGACCACCCUGGAGGAGGUUUUCAUGGCUUUGGGCGAGAAGGCGGAACGUGAAGCCGCCGAAUCUGGACGGGCGCAGGGUGAAAAUACCGACUUCCGCGAAGUGGAACAAGAAGCAGAUCCAGAGCAUGGAGAGGUAUAUCGGGCAGAUGCCGAUGAGCGCCGCUCCGCCAAAGCCAUCAUGCGGGUGAGGCUCCGACUUGCGACGGCCAAUCGAAGUGCCAUCUUCAGUGUGCUGGUCCUUCCCACCAUGCUGAAUCUUCUGGCAGUGUUCAUGGAAGGUGGAAAGUCCGCCGCCGGAGGUGCAUCUUCGGGGCAGGCGGUUGGUUUGGCCAUUUAUCCUCCCAUGGCCUUCGGCAUUUCCAUCGUGGCCUUCACCUUGCAAUUGGUGCGGGAAAAGGAAGUGAAGACCAAGCACGUUUCCCUUGCACAGGGACUGCAAGUUCGCUCCUUCUGGCUGGGCACUGUGAUGGCUCACUACCUGGUGAAUGUGUUGAACUCGCUAAUCCUGGUGAGCGCAAUCCUAAUCCAGGGAGACCAGAGGCUGACGGGCAAUGGUUUCCCGCUGAUCUUGGUGGAGGCAUUGAUUUAUCCAGUGUGCUUGCUGUUGAUGGCUUACAACUUCUCCAUGCUCUUCACCCAGGUGGAAUUCGCCUCCAAGGUUCUCCCAUUGACGAAUAUCUUGCUGGGCACGGUUCCCACGUCUGUGAUCUACAUUCUCUUACAAAACCCUCAGCUUCAAGAAGGAGCAGAAAUCACUCACGCAGUGAUGUCUGUCACGAAUCCCGUCUAUGGUCUACCUGGGGUGAUCCUGAUGAUGAUGUCAAAGGGAGAGAUGUCACUGCUCGGUCACCUGAUGUCUCCGACGGCGAGCCCCCUCUAUGGCUCCAUCAUACUUUGCGUGGUGCUGACCACAAAUCUCAUCUACCAGGAUGCACGCAGUCGCACAGCGAUUCCCGGGAACUACCAGGAGUUCGACGGAGAUCACAAAGACGAUGACGUUCGCGGCGAGGAGGAUCGAGUGGAAUGGAUGUUGAGCUCCGAGGCGCAAGCUGCUGCUAGCCCUCGGCAGGAUGCUGUGGUAUAUCACCGCCUUCACCAUACCUACAGGGACACCGUGAAACGGCUCAAUGCCGACGCUGUGCGCAUGGAGACACAUGACCCCAUAGCAACCCCGUGCUGCGUGGCGCAAGAUGCAUGGGACUCCCUGGUGGCAGGUGGAGGCUGCGGUGGUUCUGGACCUACUGAGGCGCAAUGUUCUGCUGCCAUGGAUCUCUGCUUGGACUGUCAAGCUGCAGUGCAAUACUACUCCCGCAAUGCCACAGCCUUGAGAGCCAGUGAUGUCACCGUUGACAUCAGUUCUGCCAAGAUCAAAUGUGUCUUACCCCAAUGGGAUGGCGCUUGCAGUGGUACAGUCCAAGGUCUGGGAGUGGGUUUACUAAUUCUAACAGGCAUUGCCUUGUUGCUGGUGGCCACGGGCUUAUGCAUCGCCUUCGACUGGCGCCUGUUGCCAUCCCUUGUGGCGCGGCAGCGUCGGAAGCUGUUGGUGGAGGCCAUCGCGGCGCAGGACGCCGAGCAGUACAGGGCAGCUGGGGAGGCGGGCUCUCCCUCAGCGCCGCUGCCGCCCAAGCCGGUACCGCCAGCGCCACCAACACCCACAGCACGGCCGCAGGGGUUUGAUGCGCAGCCGGAGCUGAGGAGGGCAGCAGAGGCGGUGGCAAGCCCCACCAGCCCCGCAGUUUUGGAGACCAUGGAGCCGAAUGAGUCAGUUGCCCAUGGUGGCCAUAGCAGCCACGGUUGCGAAGCUUCAUCUUCAGCCUUUGCACUUGGAAGAGCUCAGCCAGAAUUGCCCAAGACGCUAGCUUCACAGCGCCGGCCUCGGCACUAUGCUUCGGCCUACGCUUUGCACACGGCUUUCAUCACCAUAGCGGUCAUAGCUGUGGUGCUCCGGGUAGCUUAUGUUGUGGCCAGGGGGCUCCUAGUUGUUGGGUUGCAUCUGGCCCACCAGUGCUUGCCAGAACUACUACUUUGCAUUCUGCCACUCGCUUGGGUCUCUUGCACUUCUAGACGGCCAAAGUCAUCCACUACUGCGGUGCCCAUGAGCGUUGCAUAUUGGGGACCCUGGCAAGCCAUUCCACGCUUCACGACAUACGCCGUGUGCACGAUAUGCACAGAGAUCUACAGUACAUUGGUUGCUGCACUGGCAGUUGCCCGUUUGCCAUGUAACGCAUCGCCUGUUGCUGGAGUGCUGCUCUACUGCGUUGGCUUGCUGGUGGCCGUUGUUCGUGCAUAUUGUGCAGUGUUGGCACUACGUUUGCAGGACGAGUUGGCCAGCGUCUGCCGGCGUGCCAGGCCACGACCCCGUGCGGCCCCUGCGGGGCCUGCGGGGCCUGCGGGGCCUGCGGAGCCCAACGAGUUGGCGGCGGCGUGGGAUGCACCACGAGGACUUCCCAGAGCUGAUGACCGGUCCAUCUCAAAGGAGAAGGCCACGAUGGCUUCCCUUCUGAGCUUCGGCUGGGCUCGCCCGGGCAUCAUCGAGGACACCGUGCGGGACUUCAACGAGCCCGACGACCCGGCGAAGGCGGCGCUGUGCUGCGCCUGUUUGCCCGACUUCGUGUGCCCGGUGUUGCGGCGGCGCCUGGUGGGGCGAAGGAUUCUGGCAGGAAGACAUAACCCCAAGCGACCUGCACGACAUGUGCGGGGCAAGCUACGCCUCGAUGUGCCUUUUAAUGCGGCACUGGAACUUCUGACAUCCAAGGAUGGUGACGUUUCUCAGGAGAUCUUUGGGGAACGUUUUGGACGGCGUGGAUUGAACUGGUCCGUGGAUCAACUGGAUUUGGACAGCUUAAGGCUUGACAACAUCUCCUUGUCACCUCUGGACCUGGACGGUGAAGGCCCAUUGACAAAGAGGAGCAGUGAGGGGCUAAAAAAGAAAUUGGAAAGAGAUGAGCGUAAAGUGCUCCAGAAAUGCGGCUCGCGGAAACUCUCCAUACCGGAUGCCGCGGAGGUGGAGAUCAUGAGGACGCCCAGUGAGAAGCCCACCGUGGCCUCCGAAGUGAUGGAAGCGCUCCGAUUUGCUGUCGGGAAGGGAGAGGACCCAGAAGAGGACCGCAAGAAACUCUACAAGGCCAUCCUGGUACCAGCAGAAGGCCGCCGGCGCUCGGCGACGGGCGCCGGAAGCCGCGGCUCCAUCCGCUCUGCCGCGGAUCCGCGGCGCGGCUCCAAGCGCGGCUCAAAGGCGGCCUCGCGGCGCGGCUCGGCGGCGUCGGCCUCGCGGCCGGAGGAGGAGCCCUGCGAGACGAGGACCUCCAUCGUCUCGGUGUUCUCCGAGGCCUCCAGCGCCAAGCCGCGGCAAGGAUCUAGGCAUUCAAGCAAGAAGGCGGCUCAGAUGAUGACUCUGUCCGCCCCGGUGAAGGGAUACAAGCGCAUGCCGCGGCGACUGCCUCGGAGUCCAAGUCGCGAACACCGCUCCGAAGCGUGGCUAGCGCGUGACACGGGGCUGCCACUCUCAGUUUUGCAGCAGUCCUUGGCGUUCUUCAAGAAGCACGUUCCCGAAUAUGAUGGACAGAACUUGUUCGAAGUGAAGUUCGACAUGAAGAAUUUCACCAAGGUGCUCUGUGAGAUGGCCGGCGUUGACUCGGUGGAGCAGCUCGAUCGGCGGUUUGUGUCGGAAGCCUUUCGACAAGCCGACUUCGACAAGAACGGUGGCAUCGACUGUGUGGAGUUCGUCAUGUGGUUUUCUGCCUUUGGCUUUUCCCAAUACUUCUGCGUGACAAAGGAGGAUCUCCCACAGCGAGAUUUAGCGCGCAAGCUUGGAGUGGACUACAUCGAACUUGAGCGAUACAAACACGCCUUUGAUAAGUAUGAUGAGGAUGGCAGCGGUGCGAUCGACAUCGAGGAGUUUGAGUGUUUGCUGAAUGAUUUGCUGAAGGUGCCCUCCGGCCAGAACUUGUCCGCGGAGCGCAUCGGUGCCUUGUGGCGUGAUGCGGACCGUGGAGGAGAAGGCGAAUUGAACUUGGAAGCGUUCUGCGACUUCUUCAAACGGCACUUUGACAAUGAGCAGCCUGAGAAUUCUAUCAGUGACUAUUAUCGGAGCAUCCGACGGAUUCCCACGAUGAUGUGACGCAGUCUUUGGCGUUCAGCCAGUCGAAGCUUCCGAGCUUCUACUGCAUGGGCUCCUAAUGUCUUUUCAGUGGGUGAAC